UCAGUGUUCGUUCGAGCGCGGCCCGGUACGGUUCUGUUACCCCGUGAUGCCAGAGGGUCCGCUUCGUGAUGGGAGCUCACUGCCGCGGUAAUAUCGGUGGGUUCCAUCGGUAGCCGAUUCCCAACGCCGAUACGCACCAUCAUUCACAGUGUUAUCCGUGCGGUACUAGCCUGCCUUUCCCGGGGGGGAGGGGGUGAGAGAGAGUUUACGGGCGUGCGUAAGGAGAAGGGGUGUCAGCAGGGCGGGAGUGCGUGAGUGCAGGGGAGGACAGGGCAGUGACACACGGACAAAAAUACUCCAAGGCCAAUUUGAACGGGGAGACGAUGCCGGAGACUUGAUUGGAAAACGAAAUUGGGUAUAAGUGAAGGAAGCUGAGGAAAUUAGCUCGUGAGGCUAGUACAAAAUCGCGGCUUGAAUGGUAUAAUCGCUGCUUGCCCGUGGGGUGAAGUUCCGAAACGUCAUCGCCCUUCCUUCAGCGAAAACAAACACGCCUGUAUCGCACGCGGAAGAUUGGAUUUACGUUUACGUUUUUCGCGGGUUUUUCAACGGUGAAUACAUCGAUUCUCUCUAGUCAGUGUUCAGUGCAAUAGAGAGCAAAAUUCGCGCGAGGGAAACAUAGCAAAUGAGAGAAAAUAGUCUUUAAUUCUCGAUUAUUUUUCUCGCGAAGGCUCGAAAAGGGAAACUCUCUUUUGCGUCCUUUUUUUUCCCACCCUCGAAGGGAGAGAAUUUCUAGAAUUUUCAACCCUCGCGAAACGCGAGCCGCGAGUCAAGGUAACGCCUGCCAUCAGGAAGAUCGCUCCGAUUCAUUCUGAAUGAAGAACGGGAUUAUUUUGAGCGGAGUUUCAUUCCCGAAGAGACGCGGCAAGUGAGCUGCUGCUGAGAGUAAGCCGCGCCAAGUUCCAGCCGCAAUUUUCGACACACGCAACUCUGACAAUAUGUCUGGGAACUACACGGCGCGCUGCGAGCCGGGCCUAGUGCUACCGCUCUGGGGUCCGGAGGAUAACCUGCAUCUAAUCGACAUCAUCUUCCGGGGCCUGGUGUACUUUCUUCUGCUGUUGUACUUGUUCAUCGGCGUGUCAAUCAUCAGCGACCGUUUUAUGGCUGCCAUCGAGGUGAUCACGUCCAAGGAGAAGGAAUUGGUGGUGCGCCGUCACGGGAGGGAGCCGCAGAUCAUCGUGGUGCGUGUGUGGAACGAGACGGUGGCCAAUCUGACCUUAAUGGCGCUCGGUAGCAGUGCCCCCGAGAUCCUGCUGUCCAUCAUCGAGAUCUGGGCGAAGAACUUUCAGGCGGGCGAGCUGGGCCCGGGCACGAUCGUCGGCUCCGCCGCGUACAAUCUCUUUGUUAUCAUUUCCCUGUGCGUGUUCGUGAUCCCGAACGGCGAGACCCGGAAGAUAAAGCAUCUCCGUGUUUUCUUUGUCACCGCCACCUGGAGCAUCUUCGCCUAUGUGUGGCUCUACGUUAUCCUGGCGGUUUCCAGCCCGGGCGUGCUGGAGGUCUGGGAGGGCAUCCUGACCUUCUCCUUCUUCCCGGCCACGGUAUUGACGGCUUACGUUGCCGAUCGACGACUGCUGAUAUACAAGUAUCUGAACAAGGGUUACCGAAUGAACAAGCGGGGUGUGAUCGUGCAGGCGGAGGUCGGGGAUUCCGAGAUGGGGGUGGAGCUGGAGAUCAAGCCUCAGCAAGAUGGUAUCGGCAUGGUGGAUCGCCUGGCCGACGCCGAUUCCCCGGAGGCGAGGGAAUUCGAGCAGACUCGUAGGGAUUACAUCAAUACCUUGAAGGAAUUGCGUAAAAAGUAUCCCACCCUGCCGCUGGAGCAAUUAGAGGUCAUGGCUCACGAGGAAGUGCUGGGUAAGGGCCCGAAGAGUCGGGCCUUUUACAGGGUGCAGGCUACGAGGAAGAUGGUAGGCGCGGGCAACCUCAGCAGGAAGAUCAGCGAACGGGCGCAGAGCGACCUUAGUGAGGUCAAGGCCGAGUUGCAGAAAGCUGAAGCGGAGAGCAUCGAUAUCGAGCAAGUCAACGCCAUGAGAGUAUUUUUCGAGCCUGGUCAUUACACUGUGAUGGAGAACGUUGGUACCUUUGAGGUGGGCGUUUCCAGGGCUGGAGGUGAUCUCACCAGACCCUGCACCGUGGAUUACUGCACGGAAGAUGGCUCCGCUGAGGCGGGAUCUGAUUAUGUGAGUGCCAAGGGCACUCUGACUUUCGAGCCUGGCGAGACCAUGAAGACUAUCAAGCUCUCAGUUAUCGAUGACGAAUUGUUCGAGGAGGAUGAACACUUUUAUGUCAGGCUCAGUAACGUGUCGCAGCCAGCAAUGCUUGUCUCGCCGAGCCUAGCGACGGUAAUGAUCCUGGAUGACGAUCACAGCGGCAUUUUUGGCUUUCCCGAGAGAGAUGUAGAGCUAGUGGAGAGCGUGGGUCAGCAUCCUCUGCGGGUGGUGCGCUAUAGUGGGGCUCGUGGUCGCGUUAUUAUCCCUUACCGCACUGUGGAGGGCACUGCGAAACCCGGCAAGCAAUACGUGCAUACCGAAGGCAACCUGACUUUUGAGGAUAAUCAGACAGAAAAAGUUAUUAACCUGGAGAUCAUUGAAGAGGAUUCCUACGAGAAGGAUGCCCUUUUGUACGUCGAGUUGGGCGAGCCGUUGCUGCAAGGAGCGGAAGCAGGAAUGGCUGCUGCGGCGGAGAUGAAGCAACCGGAGGAAAGGACGGAGGAGGAGAAAAUGGCACUGCUGGGCAGACCGCGUCUGGGCGAGGUGUCUCGGGCGCAAAUCAGGAUUAAGGAAUCCAAGGAGUUCAAGAACACAGUGGAUAAGCUGGUCCAGCGAGCAAACGCCUCCAUAAUACUCGGCACAAGUUCUUGGAAAGAACAAUUCACGGAAGCGCUGACCGUCAGUGGGGGUGAUGAGAACGACGCAGAGGGUGGAACCGGUCAACCUUCCUCACCAUCCGCGAUGAAUUAUCUGAUGCACUCACUUACCAUCUUCUGGAAGGUCCUCUUCGCCUUCGUUCCGCCCACAGAUAUCGCCGGCGGUUACCUGUGCUUUAUCGUCAGCAUUCUGGGGAUCGGCGUUGUUACGGCGAUAAUCGGCGACGUUGCCUCGUAUUUCGGUUGCACUCUGGGCAUCAAGGAUUCAGUCACCGCGAUAGUAUUCGUCGCCCUCGGUACCAGCAUUCCCGACACGUUCGCGAGCAAGGUGGCCGCUUGCCAGGACAAGUAUGCCGACGCGAGUGUGGGCAAUGUGACUGGAAGUAACGCGGUAAACGUCUUCCUGGGAAUCGGCGUCGCGUGGAGUAUCGCCGCCAUUUACCGUGCUUGCCACAACGAGCAGUUCUAUGUCAAACCUGGCAACUUGGCCUUCUCCGUCACCCUAUUCUGCAGCGAGGCGUGCUUCGUGAUCGUGGUGCUGCUGGUGAGACGAGUGAAGUCGAUCGGCGGCGAACUGGGCGGACCUUUUAUACCGAAGCUCGUCACGUCCGUGUUCCUGUUCUCUCUCUGGCUGCUCUACCUCAUCAUGUCCACCCUUGAGGCCUACGGCGUGAUCCAGGGUUUCUAAACCAAGGCCAAUGCGACGCCAUUACGUCGGCCUAUCCACUGCGUAUAUCUUAGCUCUGGCGUCCGCCAAGGCACGUGCUCAACGAAACUAUUAACCGGACACAGAUGCGGUAUCGGAACGAUACGAUUUCGCGAAGAACGAACUCUAAUUGUGCCGGGAACUCACAUAAGUUCAUCCUCUGAGACGAUUAACAACGAACACGUUCGCGUGACGUAUUAAAUGGAUAUGUGUAUGUAUGUGUAUGCAUGUAUAGGUAUUCUGAGAACAUGGGGAGCGUGCUUAUAGCGAGCGUGUCAAAGGGAGAAGAAAGCGAAUCGAUGGAGGGAAGGACGGACACGGAGAAAAAGGGAAGGAAAGAAGCAUAGAACCGAGAAGAGAAAAAUGUGCGCGCGUGAGAAAAAGUGUGAGCUUGCCUUAAAAAUAAUUCAAAGGGAGAAAUGAAGUAAGUGCGUUCUAGUCAUGCCAUAUUCCCCGCUAAAAGAAAAAAAAAAGAGAGAAGAUUUGGCUGUUAUCAAAAAGUAAAAAAAAAGAAAAAA